AUGGCUAAGCAAGAGCUGCUCCCUCUUCUCUACCUUUCAUUCCUUGCAGCUUUGGUGUUGAGCUGCUAUUCCCAUGAAAGGAAGGUUCAUAUCAUCUAUAUGGGAGAGAAACCCCAAGGAGACAUUUCAGUGACAUCGAUGCAUCACUCAAUGCUAGCGAGAGUCCUUGGAAGUACUGCAUCUGCAAAAGAGCUGCUAAUUUACAGUUAUGGAAGAAGUUUUAAUGGGUUUGCAGCCAAACUCUCAGAUGAAGAAGUUGCAAGAUUUUCAGAUAUGGAAGAAGUGGUUUCAGUUCUGCCAAACAGCAUGCUAAAGCUUCACACAACAAGAUCAUGGGACUUCAUGGGAUUCAAUCAAUCCCAUGUCAGAGAUUCCCAUGGAGGGGAUGUGAUUGUUGGGCUACUAGAUACAGGAAUCUGGCCAGAAUCGGAGAGCUUUAGUGAUGAAGGCUUUGGCCCCCCACCAGCAAAAUGGAAAGGAACGUGCCAAACUGAGAAUAACUUCACCUGCAACAACAAGAUAAUUGGAGCUCGAUACUACAACAGCGAAAAUCAGUAUUAUGAUGGAGACAUCAAAUCUCCAAGGGAUUCAGAGGGACAUGGGACUCACACGGCUUCAACCGCUGCAGGUCGAGAGGUGGCAGGAGCAAGCUACUACGGCCUAGCUGAAGGACUUGCCAGAGGUGGACACCCCAAAGCAAGGAUUGCUGUGUACAAAGUUUGUUGGGUGAUAGGAUGUGCUGUUGCAGAUAUACUUGCUGCCUUUGAUGAUGCAAUUGCAGAUGGGGUUGAUAUCAUUUCAGUUUCCCUGGGAAGCUCCUUAACCCUCCAAUAUUUUGAAGACCCAAUAGCAAUUGGAUCUUUUCAUGCAAUGAGAAGUGGGAUAUUAACCUCAAAUUCUGCUGGAAACGAUGGGCCACUGGGGGGUAUCAGUAAUUACUCGCCUUGGUCACUAACUGUAACUGCCAGCAGCAUUGACAGGAAAUUUGUUUCUCAAUUGGUACUUGGCAAUGGACAGACAUUCAAGGGAGUUAACAUCAAUAACUUUGAGCUCAAUGGAACAUAUCCUUUAAUUUGGGGAGGGGAUGCAGCAAACGUUUCUGGCCAUCAGAUCCCUUUAAGCUCGGAAAGCUGCUUUCCUGGGGAGCUUGAUUCAAGCAAAGUCAAGGGAAAGAUCGUUCUCUGUGAAAGCCUUUGGGAUGGUUCUGGUGUUAUCAUGGCAGGAGGAGUGGGAAUUAUAAUGCCUGCAUGGUAUUUCAAUGAUUUUGCCUUCUCUUUCCCCUUGCCAACAACAAUCCUCCGCAGACAAGACAUAGACAAAGUAUUGCAGUACACCAGAUCUUCCAAGCAUCCUAUAGCGACAAUUCUGCCUGGUGAGACUCAGAAGGAUGUCAUGGCUCCUACCGUGGUCUCCUUUUCAUCCAGAGGUCCUAACCCCAUCACUCUUGAUAUUCUUAAGCCUGAUGUUACCGCACCUGGUGUUGAUAUUCUUGCGGCCUGGUCUCCCAUUGCACCACCUUCAGUUUAUCAGCACGAUACUAGGAGCACCCACUACAACAUAAUCUCUGGCACUUCCAUGUCUUGCCCACAUGCUAGUGGAGCUGCAGCUUAUGUCAAGGCUACUAACCCAAGCUGGUCUCCUUCUGCCAUCAAAUCUGCCCUCAUGACCACAGCUUAUGCGAUGGACCCAAGGAAGAACGAUGACAAAGAAUUUGCUUAUGGCUCCGGUCAUAUCAACCCAGUGAAGGCAGCGGAUCCUGGCUUAGUCUAUGAGACAUCUGAGGAAGAGUACAUCAACUUCCUCUGUAAGCAGGGUUACAAUACCAGCACAUUAAGACUCAUCACUGGUGACAGCAGUGUCUGCAAUAGCACCGAACCGGGCAGAGCUUGGGAUCUAAACUAUCCCUCAUUCUCAUUGGCCAUUGAAGAUGGCCACAGAAUCAUGGGCAUUUUCACAAGGACGGUCACAAAUGUAGGAUCCCCGAACUCAACCUACCAAGCUAGCAUCUACAUGCCCAAUUCUCUCGAGGUUAAGGUGGAUCCCCCUGUUCUUUCAUUCUCAGCCACUGGAGAGAAGAAAUCUUUUUCAGUGAGGGUGGAUGGACCAGAGAUAACCAUGCAUCCAAUUAUAUCAGGCGCUAUCCUUUGGAAAGAUGGUGUUCAUGUGGUAAGGACCCCACUCGUGGUAUACACAGUCCUCCCAUCAGAAACUUUCCCGAACAGAAGUCUCUCUAAACGAACACAGACAUCAGACCUGAAGGGUUCCUCUAGGAUUUUUGGGUGAAACUAAGAAGCAAAGAUAGAGAUACAGGGGCCAUUACCAUCUUUCUUCAGGCAGAUCCAUCAAACAAGAAAUGUCUCUCUUUCAGUGAGCAAUAGAAU